AACAGUCUGUUGUAAGUAUCGUUGCCGUGUGGAUUAUUAAGAGUUGGUGAACUUAAACAAAAAAAAAGAGAGAAAAGAAAAAACGAAGCGAGAAAGCAAAGAGAAGUGAAGAGAAUUAGUAAUGGGAACUGUAGAAAGAUGCAUCUACCAAACAAACAAAGGUUUAUUUUCAUUUCUGUCGACAAACUAAAACAUAAUGUACGUUUGUUUUAUAUUUUUAUUCUUUCGUUUAUUUUCUCGUUGUACAAGAAAAUUUCUUGAUAUUUUUUAUCUUUAAAUAAAGUAAGGAUAUAAAAAAAAGUAUAGCCUCUCUUGUACAAACUAAUAUAAAGACAACAACAUGUAUUAAGUAUGUUUGUAAUACGAAUUGUUAGUAUUAUUACUAUUAUAGAUAGCGUACGAUGGAGAGGCGUAUUACAAAUGUUCUUGUUAUGUAUAGGGAACCUAUAAUAUAUUAGAAUAAUUCUAUUAUAAAAGCAUUUAAUUAAAAUUGAUCUAUUAUUGAUUUAUAUCGAUGUUUUUUAAAAAAAAAGUGCAGGAAAAGAAGAAAAAAUUAUAUUUAAAGUCAUUAAAGUAAAAAAAAAAAGAGCUAUAUUGAAAUAUACAAAUAGAAUAUAUAUACAAGUUUCUUUAUAGGGGAAAAUAGACAACAAAUGCAAUUUUGAUCUGUUUCCCUAAUUGUCUAUCAUUUUUUCAUGUGUUAAAUAUAUUCGUUAAAUAUCUUCAAAAUGUCACAGACGCCACUUGACCGCUUCGGCCUUCUUCUAAAUCACAUGAUCGAUUAUGCUCGCGUUAGUUUGUCUACUCCUUACUACUACUGUUUUGGGUGAGAAGAUCAUCGAUUUUGAAAUAUAUGAUGCUACCCCGGCUAACUUUAGUGUCGGUCCUCUUUUGAGUUCCGGUGUUAGGGAAAAGAAAAUUAUCCUACUCAAAACUCAUGCUGGUGCCGAAAAGAAUUUCACUAUUACUCCUUCCGGUAUUCUCAAGACCAAAACUACUAUUGAUAGAGAAGCUAUUUGUCCAAAUAAAGCGGAAUGCAAUAUGACUUUGGAGGCUGGGAUUUUACCUGCUGAAAACUUCCAAUCCUUGACAAUUAAUUUAAAAAUUAGGGAUGUUAAUGACAAUACACCACGAUUUCCUUUUGGGAGAAUAAAAGUAAAGUUUUCCGAAGCCGCUGAACCAGGGGAUUACGUGACUAUUCCGCCCGCUUCUGAUCCAGAUUCUCCUAGGUAUUCCGUUCAACGUUAUGUUCUCCGAAACGCAGUGGACAGAUUCAAUAAUAAAAUAUUUAUUCAUAAACUUAUCAAGAACAAAAACGUUGGCUUGGAAAAUUUAAGGAUUAUAUUGAAUUCACGACUUGACAGAGAGCUAAUAGAAUCUUAUACUCUACAAAUUUUGGCCAUAGAUGGUGGAGAUUCUAGGAGAACGGGAACACUUAAAGUUAGCGUUAUUGUUGAGGAUGCAAAUGAUCACGAACCAGUCUUUAAACAAUCUGUCUAUAAGGCAACAGUUCUUGAAAAUAUUACCAAGAAUACUCCUAUCGUUCAAGUUUCAGCAAGCGAUAAGGAUUCAGGUGAUAACGGAAAAGUAUCUUAUUCGUGGAAUUCCAGAACCGAACAAAAUUACGCAAAUACCUUUCGAAUAGACUCAAAAAAUGGAACAAUUUUUCCAAUUGUUCCAUUAGAUUUUGAAGAUGUUCAGGAAUAUGAAUUGUAUGUUCUUGGCACUGACAGCGGCAGUAGUCCACGUUUCUCUCAAACCAAAGUUAUUAUAAAUCUGGAGGACGUCAACGACAACGUACCCGAUGUUCAAAUAAUAACAUUGCACGACGACAGAGGAUACGCAAGCGUAGAAGAGAAUUCCAAAAUUGGUUCAUUUGUUGCUCAUGUAUCUAUAACUGAUCAGGAUUUUGGUGAUAAUGGUCGAGUUAAAUGUGUUAUAGAUGAUAAUGUUCCAUUCGCAAUGGAAAGUGGUCUAGAGAAGCAAUAUCAAAUUGUUACGACUAAACAGUUAAAUAGAGAAAAACAGAGUCAAUACUUAAUAACUUUAAAGUGCAAAGAUUUCGGUAAAAUACCAAACGUUGCUGAUAGAUUAAUAGACGUUAGAGUAUUGGAUCUCAAUGAUAAUUCUCCAGCAUUUCAAGAAAUUAAAGAUCACAGAGGAAAAAUAUUAAAAAAAGAUCAGUUACAAGUUGCGGAAAAUGCCAGUAUUGGUCACGUGAUUGCAAGAAUAAGAGCUACCGAUCCUGACGAAGGUAGGAACGGAAGCGUAAUUUAUACGCUAAAACAAAUUGACCGAGUAAGCGAACGGCUGUUGGAAAUUGAUCGUCGAAGCGGAAUUAUUCGUGUAUCCAAGAAUUUGGAUAGAGAAAAAUACGGAAGAAUUCGAAUUAGAGUAAAGGCAUCGGACGAAGGCUUAGUUAGUAAGCAUACGUCGAUAAAGUUGACGGUAAAGAUACUAGACGUCGACGAUAAUCUUCCAAAAUUUGGCCAAGAAAGCUACGAAAAAAGCGUCUACGAAAACAGACCAAUUGGUACAUUUGUAGUUCUGGUUAGCGCUAAUGAUGAUGAUGUGAAAGAUAAAGAGGUUCAGUUACGUUUCUCACGGCCCCAGGAUUAUCAGAUUUUUGAUAUGGACGAGAGUGGAAGGAUUACUACUAAACAAAUAUUCGACAGGCAAGGGCCUAUCUAA